AUGUCAGCCAGAAAGGGCUACCUGCUCUCCUCGCCAAAUUAUCCCACAACAAUGGCAUGCUCGGAGAGCCCGGCGGCGAACUCUUUUUUGGUGGACUCCUUGAUCAGCUCGGCCUCCGGCAGAGGGGAAGGAGGAGGAGGCGGCGGAGGAGGAGGCGGCGGCGGCGCUGGAGGAGGAGGAGGCGGCGGCUACUAUCCCAAUAACAGUGGGGUCUACCUGCCACAGACGGCCGAUCUGUCCUAUGGGUUGCAAAGCUACGGACUUUUCCCGGUUCUGAGCAAACGCAAUGAAGGUCCUCCUCAAAGCAUUGUCCCUUCUUCUCACUCCUACAUGUCAGGGAUGGAAGUCUGGCUAGACCCCCCGAGGGCUUGCCGCAUGGAAGAGCCCGAAAGCCCGCAGGCGACCUCCUGCUCCUUCGCUCCCAGCAUCAAAGAGGAGAACUCCUACUGCCUCUAUGACUCUGACAAAGGCCCCAAAGAGGCGGCGGCCACCGACCUGUCGACUUUCCCAAGGCUCAGCUCCGAGGGCUGCUCCAUGAAUAGCGUGGCCGCCGGGGUGCCCGUGCCAGGCUAUUUCCGCCUCUCUCAAGCCUAUGGGACCUCCAAGAGCGGCGGCGGCGGCGGCGGCUACCCCAGCAACCACCAGCAGCAGCAGCAUCCCCCCCACCCGGGGCAAAUGGUCGCUGCCCAGUUCGCCCCGCAGCCUCAAGUGCGCUUCGAGACGCCUCCCGCCUUGCCUCCGGCAGCCUCAGAAGCCGCGCGAAAGGAGAGCGCAGCGCCUUCCCCGCCCGCCACUUUGGCUUGUGUCUCUCAAAGGGGGGAGGACGAAGGGCAAGCCUCCUCCUCGGCCGCAGAAGAGCUCUCCCCGGCUCCUUCGGAGAGCAGCAAGCCCUCCCCCGAGAAGGAAAGUGUAGGCAAUUCCAAAGGAGAGAAUGCAGCCAACUGGCUCACCGCCAAAAGUGGACGAAAGAAACGGUGCCCCUAUACUAAGCACCAAACCCUCGAGCUGGAAAAGGAGUUUUUGUUCAACAUGUACCUGACUCGUGAGCGUCGCCUAGAGAUCAGCCGCACGGUCCACCUCACAGACAGACAAGUUAAGAUCUGGUUUCAGAACCGCAGAAUGAAACUGAAGAAAAUGAACCGAGAGAACAGGAUCCGGGAGCUCACAGCCAACUUUAAUUUCUCCUGAUGAACCGCCACGAGCAUCUUUAUGGGUUCAAGAGCAGAACCGGGUUGUUUUUGGUUCUUGCUUCUAGGCUUCGGCUACUGGCAACUGUAUGGACUGGACCGUUUCGGUGACAUUUUUCUCAGCCUUCCAUAGCCUCUUGGUAAUUGAUAUCAUUGGGAUAAAGCCAUAAUGAUGCGCAUCAGCCCAUGUCUUGUACUGCCCUUAUUUCAUUCUCGGGUCUCCAAAACCUGACGCUGAGAAAUUGCAUUUCCAGGACGCCCCCCUUCAGAAAACUGAGCCAAACUGAGCUGAAGGCAAAUUGCAGUUCCCCCCUCCAAUGGUAACAGGGGUACGUGGACCGGGUUGCGUGUCCGUUUCAGUCUUUUAAGUUUUGGUCACUCCACUGCUUUGAGGCGGGAGGGGGGGGUCGUCAAUGUGUCGCAGUUUAUACUGAGACAAUAUUCGGCCGCAGCUUCGAGUUUCCUAGGUUGUCUAGCAGCAGAGCUUGCGUGGCGGGUUGGUUUCUUUCCCCCCAAAUGUUUGACAUUACGGCUUUAACCGUUUCCACGAAAGCGAGACCGCCGUCCUAAAUCCCUCCUACCGAUCUUGAAAGACAGGGAAAGGUUAAGCGUUUUUAUUACAUUUAUUACAUUUUCUAAUUUCAGGCAAUGACUUUUUGUUCUGGAUAGGCUGGGUGAUCGCUGGUUAUGCUUAACAAGCACAUGCAAAAAAAAAUAUUAAAAGACACAUCUUCCUUGUCUUGAAGGAAAAGAAAAAAGAAAUCCCUUUCCCCCCUAUGUCCGUGAAGAAUUGUGUUUUGAUCUGUAUCUACUCACACCACCACAAGCAUUUUCGGGGAGAAAGCGAGGGGGAAAGUGCCCGGUUUUCUUUGAUACUGUGAAGUUACAUGCCUUGAGAAAUUCAAGCGUGUGGUGCAAAAAAGAGAGAAGAAAAUAUCUAUAAAUACAGAUAUGUAUAAAUGUCUAUUAAUAUUAAUAUUAUUAAUAUUAUUAAAAUGCUGAGUCUGUUGGAAGCAAAUGCAUUCUAUAUCGUUAUUCUAAAUGUUAGCUCUAGUUCUUUCUCGUUCUUACCUUAAAUUGAAAUAAAUUAAUAUUGUAAUCCUGCUGUGCGUGGAACAAAAACACAACAUCAAAAAUAU